GGCCAGCAUCAUCCUCGCUAAAGGCAUCCGCCACACCGAUGGCCGUGCCCACACUUAAUCACAUCUUGACAUGCUGUGUACGAAGCCAUUGGGUACUCAAGAUAAGCUGGUCAAAUGAUUUAAAUUCAUUGAUGUCCGCAAUAGUUCAUUCAUCUAGGACAGUGAUAUAGCCUGUCAUAGAUGUUAUUCCUUCGUCUCGGGCACGUUGCUUUCCUGACACUACCAAUCCAACCGCUGGAAUCGUCAUGAAGGGACUCCCUGUACCCGCCAUUACCCUCUUCCUCACAUUCGGUGCAGUUGCGACCAUUACGUUGCUCUGUGCUUAUUGGCUGUAUGGCCACCAAACAAGUUUUCGAAGCUGUCGACAACCUUGCGGCAUCCUGUCAACGCAAGACAGGAGGGUAUACAUUAAACUUCUCAAGCACGUUCACGCAGGAUUCAAGAAUGGUAACAGCUUUCCACGAUUCACGUCAGUGGUCAUGGCCGUGACCGAUUUGGACACAGUCAGUUACGUCGCCCUGUCCUAUACGUGGAAAAGGCAUAUCGCGAUGCGCUCCACAUCGCCCCUAUGCCGGCAAAUUCUACUCGACGGCUCCCUCUUGGCUGUCGAAGAGAACCUCUGGGACUUCCUCACGUCUGAUCCCGGUGCGGAGGUCAUGAAAAGCCACCAGCUUCUGUUCAUUGACGCGAUCUGCAUCAACCAGUCCGUAAAUUUGGAACGAGAAAGACAAAUUCCCCUGAUUCCCGUUGUCUACGAAAAUGCGACCCGGAUAGUCGUCUGGCUCGGUAAGGACGGUCGUGCUUGUCCUCACAACCCUGCUCGCUCAACGCAGAUAGGCGCGACCAGUCUCAACGAAUUAGAUCCUUGCGUUCUACGCUUUGUUGCUCACAAUCUCUAUUGGACACGAUUAUUUGUGGUACCAGAACUUAUUCUGGCUGGGAACGUUCUCAUCUGUGUCAACGAUGAAGUCGUCGAAUGGGAUGGCAUGCAGGACAUUGACGCCUUAUCACAACUUCUGCGACAAAAGUGCCCCACCCCGAACGCAUACCAGCCCAUGAUCAAGAUACUCGAAUUCAAGAGAGCCUGGGACCAGACACGUCACUGCUUCAACUCUACUCGUACGAAACACGCCCAAGGCUUUCUUCUCUUCGACGCUCUACAGAUAGCGGCGCAGCUCCACUGCAAGUACCCAAGAGACCGCAUCAACGCAAUGCUCCCCCUUACACGGAAUUGUCCCAUCCGCGCGGACUACGGGCACAUCCGCACAAACUUCAACUUGUGCAAGGAUGUCUUGCAGUAUGGGAUGAAGGAGCUAUACGAGGAAGGACGAUCUGAGGAGCAAAUGCGCGAUGCGGCGGCGUUUCUCGUCGGUUUUUGCCAGCCCUUGCUAAGUGGGCAUGACCAGGUGCGGGCGGCGCAGCUUGUUCGGCAGACGCUCAAUUCGCUUUAUGCGUAGGCGUCAAGAGGAUCUGAUUGAUGAAAAGUUGGGUGGGAUUGCUGGCCGUCAGUUGUGUGCGAGGCUUUCGAGAAGGGUGGGGGUUCUCUUUAUGAAGGGCAUGGCGGAUGUACCAGCUCGUACAUCGUCCCGCUGGGAGUUUGGUAAACCCCGUCUCCACUGUCGCAAAGAAGUUUUCGGCAAGGCUAGAUGUUGGGGCAAAGUGUGUAAGACAGCUCGAGAGCAGUGAUGAGCAUAAAUAUGUGAUGGAAUGUAGGAAAGUUUUGGCCGCCAAAUAAUGAUUAGACACCGUAAAAUGAGCUUGAUGAUGCUAUGACACGAUGCCCGAAGCUCAGAGCCAGUAUGGACGCUCC